AUGUAUCUAUCUAAAUUGUUCAUUGUUUAUCUAUCUAAAUUGUUCAUUGUUUAUCUAUCUAUCUAUCUAUCUAUGUUCUACCUAUCUUCAUCCCACUCACUUUUACUCACAACCUAUCCCUUUUCUACCCAUUUAUCUCGCUCCACAUUCCAACCAAUUUUUACUCUCGACCCAUUCAUUUUCCACCUCUCUGCAUUCCACUUUUUUUUUAUCCCAUAUUCACCCUCUUUUCCCACCUAUUCAUUUCUCUGCAUUCCACCCUCUUUUUACUCCCUACCUAUUCAUUUUCCACCUCUCUGCAUUCCACCCUCUUUUUACUCCCUACCUAUUCAUUUUCCACCUCUCUGCAUUCCACUUUCUUUUUACUCCCUACCUAUUCAUUUUCCACCUCUCUGCAUUCCACUUUCUUUUUACUCCCUACCUAUUCAUUUUCCACCUCUCUGCAUUCCACUUUCUUUUUACUCCCUACCUAUUCAUUUUCCACCUCUCUGCAUUCCACUUUCUUUUUACUCCCUACCUAUUCAUUUUCCACCUCUCUGCAUUCCCUCUCCUAUUCAUUUUCCACCUCUCCCUCUUUUUUACUCCCUACCUAUUCAUUUUUCCACCUCUCUGCAUUCCACUUUUCUUUUUUAUUCAUUUUUUCCACCUCUUUUCUGCUCCCACCUAUUCUUUUACUCCUACCUAUUCAUUUUCCACCUCUCUGCAUUCCACAUUUUUUUUUUUACUCCCACCUAUUCAUUUUUUUCCUUUUUACUCCCUCUAUUCAUUCCUGCAUUUCAUUUUUUUACUUACCCAUUUUAUCUAUUCACUCCUACCUAUUCAUUUCCACCUCUCUGCAUUCCACCCUCAUUUACACCUCUGCAUUCCCCUACCUAUUCAUUUUCCACCUCUGCAUUCCACUCCCUACCUAUUCAUUUUUUCUGCAUUCCCUUUUUACCUAUUCAUUUUCCACCUCUCUGCAUUCUUUUUUACUCCCUACCUAUUCAUUUUUUGCAUUCCACUUUCUUUUUUUACCCCUACCUAUUCAUUUUCCACCUCUCUGCAUUCCCUACCUAUUCAUUUUUACUCCCUACCUAUUAUUCAUUUUCCACCUCUCUGCAUUCCACUUUCUUUUUACUCCCUACCUAUUCAUUUUCCACCUCUCUGCAUUCCACUUUCUUUUUACUCCCUACCUAUUCAUUUUCCACCUCUCUGCAUUCCACCCUCUUUUUACUCCCUACCUAUUCAUUUUCCACCUCUCUGCAUUCCACUUUCUUUUUACUCCCUACCUAUUCAUUUUCACCUCUCUUUUCUCCCUACCUAUUCACCUAUUCAUUUCCUCUCUGCAUUCCACCUACCUUUUCUUUUCCUUUCUUUUACUCCCCACCUAUUCUCCCUACCUAUUCAUUUUCCACCUCUCUGCAUUCCACUUUUCUUUUUACUCCCUACCUAUUCAUUUUCCACCUCUCUGCUCUGCAUUCCACCUUUCUUUUUACUCCCUACCUAUUCAUUUUCCACCUCUCUGCAUUCCACUUUCCUCCCUACCUAUUCUUUUUUCCACCUUUUUCUCUGCAUUCAUUUUUCCACCUCUCUUUCUCUUUUUUAUUCAUUUCCCUGCAUAUUCAUUUUCCACCUCUCUGCAUUCCACUUUCUUUUUACUCCCUACCUAUUCAUUUUACCUAUUCAUUUUCCACCCUCUCUGCAUUUCCCACUUGCUUCACCCUCUUUUCCACCCAUUUCUUUUUACUCCCCCCAUUCAUUUCCACCUCUCUGCAUUCUUUUACUCCACCUAUUCAUUUUCCACCUCUCUGCAUUCCACUUUCUUUUUACUCCCUACCUAUUCAUUUUCCACCUCUCUGCAUUCCACUUUCUUUUUACUCCCUACCUAUUCAUUUUCCACCUCUCUGCAUUUUUCCACCCAUUUUCUCUGCAUUCCUUUCUUUUUACUCCCUACCUAUUCAUUUUCCACCUCUCUGCAUUCCACUUUCUUUUACUCCUAUUCAUUUUCCACCUCUCUCCAUUCCAAUUUCUUUUUACUCCCUACCUAUUCAUUUUCCACCUCUCUGCAUUCCACUUUCUUUUUACUCCCCUAUUCAUUUUCCACCUCUCUGCAUUUCCUUUCUUUUUUACUCCCUUCAUUUCCACCUCUGGGCAUUCCACCCUUUUUACUCCCUACCUAUUCAUUUUUUCCACCUCUCUGCAUUCCUUUUUACUCCUACCUAUUCAUUUCCACCUCUCUGCAUUCCACUUUCUUUUUUACUCCCUACCUAUUCAUUUUCCACCAUUCCACCCUCUGCAUUCCACCCCUCAUUUUACAUUCCCCUACCUAUUCAUUUUCCCCUCUCUGCAUUCCACCUCUCUUUCCACUCCCUACCUAUUCAUUUCCCACCUCUGCAUUCCACCUCCCCUACCUAUUCAUUUUCCACCUCUUUUUCUUUUUACUCCCUACCUAUUCAUUUUCCACCUCUCUGCAUUCCACUUUUUUUUUCCCUACCUAUUCAUUUUCCACCUCUCUGCAUUCCAAUUUCCUUUUUUCCCUACCUAUUCAUUUUUUCCACUCCCUACCCUAUUCAUUUUUUCCCUACCUAUUCCUCUGCAUUCCACCUCCCUACCUAUUCAAUUAUUUUCCACCUCUCUGCAUUCCUUUUCUUUUUUACUCCCUACCUAUUCAUUUCCACCUCUUCAUUUUUUCUUUUUUACUCCCACCUAUUCAUUUUCCACCUCUCUAUUCAUUUUCCACCUUUCAUUUUACUCCCUACCUAUUCAUUUUCCCCUCUCUGCAUUCUGCUUUUUCCUAUUCAUUUUCCACCUCUCUGCAUUUUACUCCCUACCUAUUCAUUUCCCUCUGCACCUUUUACUCCCUACCUAUUCAUUUUCUUCUGCAUUCCCUCUUUUUUUUACCUAUUCAUUUUCCACCUCUCUGCAUUUCACUUUCUUUUUACUCCCUACCCAUUCAUUUUCCACCUCUUCCACUUUCUUUUUACUCCCUACCUAUUCAUUUUCCACCCUGCAUUCCACUUUCUUUUUUUUAUUCAUUUACCUCCAUUCAUUUUCCCACCCUCUUUCAUUCCACCUUUCUUUUUACUCCCUACCUAUUCAUUUUUCCACCUACCUCUGCAUUCCACUUUCUUUUUACUCCCUACCUAUUCAUUUUUCCACCCUGCAUUCCCUUUUUUUUCUUUUACCUAUUCAUUUUUCUCUGCAUUUUUUUUUUACCUAUUCAUUUUUCUGCAUUCCCUACCUAUUCCUACCUAUUUUUCCACCUCUCUGCAUUCCACUUUUUUUUUUACUCCCUACCUAUUCAUUUUCCACCUCUCUGCAUUCCACUUUCUUUUACUCCCUACCUAUUUUUACCUCUCAUUCCACUUUCUUUUACUCCCUACCUAUUCAUUUUCCACCUCUCUGCAUUCCACUUUCUUUUUCCUACCUAUUUUUCCACCUCUCUGCAUUCCACUUUCUUUUUACUCCCCUAUUCAUUUUCCACCUCUCUGCAUUCCACUUUCUUUUUACUCCCUACCUAUUCAUUUUCCACCUCUCUGCAUUCCACUCCCUACCUAUUCAUUUCUGCAUUUCCCUUUCUUUUUACUUUUUUACUCCCCUUUUUAUUCAUUUUCCACCUCUCUGCAUUUCACUUUCUUUUUACUCCCUACCUAUUCAUUUUCCACCUCUCUGCAUUCCACCCUCUUUUUACUCCCUACCUAUUCAUUUUCCACCUCUCUGCAUUUCACUUUCUUUUUACUCCCUACCUAUUCAUUUUCCACCUCUCAUUUCUUUUUACUCCCCACCUAUUCAUUUCCCCUCUCUCUGCAUUUCUUUUUACUACCCCUAUUCAUUUUUCCCCUCUAUUCAUUUUCCACCUCUCUGCAUUCCACUUUCUUUUUUACCCCUACCUAUUCAUUUUCCCUCUCUCUGCAUUCCAUUCCUCCCUACCUAUUCAUUUUCCACCUCUCUGCAUUUCACUUUCUUUUUUUUUACCUAUUCAUUUUCCACCUCUCUGCAUUCCUCCCACCUAUUCCCUUUAUUUUUUUCCCUACCUAUUCAUUUUUCCACCUCUCUGCAUUCCACUUUCUUUUUACUCCCUACCUAUUCAUUUUCCACCUCUUUUCCACUUUCUUUUAUUCCCUACCUAUUCAUUUUCUGCAUUUCCACUUUCUUUUUACUCCCUACCUAUUCAUUUUCCACCCUCUGCUCCAUUCCACCUUUCAUUUUUACCUCUCCCUUUUUAUUCUAUUCAUUUUCCACCUCUCAUUUUGCAUUCCAUUUCACUUUUUACUCCCUACCUAUUCAUUUUUCUCCACCUCUACCUAUCAUUUUCCACCUCUGCAUUCCACUUUUCUUUUUACUCCCUACCUAUUCAUUUUUCCACCUCUCUGCAUUCCACCUCUCUGCAUUUCUUUCUUUUUACUCCCCUAUUCAUUUUCCACCUCUCGUCACUUCUUUUUUUUCCCCUACCUAUUCAUUUUACUGCAUUCCCUCUUUUUAACUAUUCAUUUCCACCUCUCUGCAUUUCACUUUCUUUUACUCCCUACCUAUUCUCCACCUCUCUGCAUUCCACUUUCUUUUUUCCUCCCACCUAUUCAUUUUCCACCUCCCAUUCCACUUUCUUUUUACUCCUACCUAUUCAUUUUUACCUUUGCCACUCUCUUUUUUCCUCCAUUCAUUCCCACUCCAUUUCUUUUUACUCCCUACCUAUUCAUUUCCACCUCUCCAUUCCUUUCUUUUACUCCCUAUUCAUUUUCUUCCACCUCUGCAUUACCGAUUCUUUUCUCACCGUUAUCUUCUUCCCCUCUCUGCAUUCCACUCCCUCUAUUCAUUUUUCAAUCUUUUCCCUCACUCCUUUUUUUAUUCCCCUACCGGGAUGGGCUUUCUCCAGCCUGUUCUCUUCCUAAGACAUUCCUCCUACUGUUUACUCCUUACCAAUUCAUUUUCUACCAUCCUCUUUUUACACCCUACCGGGAUGGGCUUUCUCCAGCCUGUUCUCGUCUAAUGAUUCCAUUCCUCCUUCUUUUUUUUACUCCCUACCAAUUCAUUUGCAUUCCUUUCUUUUUAAUCCCUACCAUCCUCUUUUUUACACCCUACCUGCAUUCCUCCUUCUUGGGCUAUUCACACUCUACAUUCCUCCUUCUUUUUUACUCCCUACCAAUUCAUUUGCUACCACCAUCCUCUUUUACAUUCCUCCUUCUUUUUAAUCCCUACCAAGGAUGGUCUUUCUUCAGCCUGUUCUCUUCCGAAGACAUUCCUCCUUACCAAUUUUUUACUCCCUACCAAUUCAUUUUAAAAGACAUUCCUCCUUCUACCAUCCUCUUUUUACACCCUACCGGGAUGGGCUUUCUACACUCUGUUCUCUUCCGAAGACAUUCCUCCUUCUUUUUACUCCCUACCAAUUCAUUUGCUACCAUCCUCUUUUUACACCCUACCGGGAUGGGCUUUCUACACUCUGUUCUCUUCCGAAGACAUUCCUCCUUCUUUUUACUCCCUACCAAUUCCUACCAAUUCUCUUUUUACCGGGAUGGGCUUUCCUCUCUGUUCUCUUUAUUUCCUCCACCUCCCUACCAAUUCAUUUUACAUCCUCUUUUUACACCCUACCGGGAUGGGCUUUCUUCAGCCUGUUCUCUUUCGAAGACCAAUUCAUUUCCUCCUACCGGGAUUCUCUGUUUUUACAUUCCCCUUUUUACCAAUUCACCAUCCUCUUUUUGCUACCCUGUUCUCCAUCCAUUUGCUACCAUCUCUUUUACACCCCUACCGGGAUGGGCUUUCUACACUCUGUUCUCUUCCGAAGACAUUCCUCCUUCUUUUUACUCCCUAUUGAUUCUUUUGCAACCUAAUUCUUCAGAACACACUCUCUUUUUCUUCUUACUAAUUCUUUGUUCAUUUUUCUCUACAUCACAUAUUCCCUUCUUCUUCUUCUUCUUCUUUAUUAUUUCUUUUUUCUCUCGUUUUAAAUAUUCGUGA